AUGGCAAAUCAACCUGCCCUGAUUUCAUCAAUUGAUCCCCAAACAGAUCCCGUCGGCUACUUAGGCUUCAUUCGCCAUCCCGACGGCUCGAUAAUCCGGCAACAAGUUGUAGAACCAACCACCUCAAUCUCCUCAUAUGAAAACAAUCCUCGUCUUCUUGUUAAAGACAUUCCUGUCAACCAAUCCAAGGGUACCUUUGUUCGCAUAUUCCUACCUAAGCAAGCGAUUGAUCAAACAUCCGAUCAUGUUGGCAAGAAACUCCCACUUAUAAUUUUCAUGCACGGUGGAGGAUAUGUGAUCAUGAAUGUCAAUACCCCAAAUUUCGAUGAGUUUUAUGAUACCUUUACUGUUGGCAUUCCAGCAGUGAUUGUAUCUAUGGAAUAUCGUCGUGGGCCGGAGCAUCGCUUGCCCGCGGCAUAUGAAGACGGGAUUGAAACUCUGCAAUGGAUCAAGAACUAUCUUCCUCGCGAGGAAUGGUUUAGUAAAAAUGCUGAUUUUGGCAAUGCUUUUCUCAUGGGAAACAGUGCGGGAUCCAACUUAGCAUAUUUUCUUUCUUUGAGGGCUUCUUCACUGGCUUCUGAAUUGCAUCCUUUGAAGAUCAAAGGCGCGAUCUUGCACCAACCAUUUAUAGGUGGAACAAAGAGGACAGAAUCCGAGUUAAGGAAUCUGAAUGACAAGAUAUUACCGCCUUGCGUUACUGAUAUCAUGUGGGAAUUAGCUCUGCCCGUUGGUGAAGAUAGAGAUCAUGAGUUCUGUAAUCCAGCUUUGAGCAUCAAAUCGGGUCAAUUUGAUAGGAUAAAAGCUUUGGGAUGGAAGAUUUUGGUGACUGGAUACGAAAAUGAUGUGAUGCAUGAUCGUCAAGUUGAGCUUGUGAAAAUGAUGGAAGAGAAUGGAGUGAAUAUUGUGGCUAAAUAUGAGGAAGGAGGUUACCAUGGAUAUGAAGCUUCUGACCCUGCUAGAAUGAAGUCUCUCUGUGAGGUUGUCAAGGAAUUUGUCAAAAUCCAUAGCAACUGA